UUGGAGUACUUGUUAUUCCACAAGUCAUGCCAUUCCUGGACAUGAAACUAGCACUACCAGCCAGACGUUGCAGGACGUUUCAGCGUGCGCAUGCUGAAUUACUACACAAAGGCAACAGCAUUCUGUCCGGGAAGAACAAGUGGUUGGGUGGAGUUCUUGGAUUGGACAAUGACAUUUACUGCAUACCCUGCAACAAAGCCUCUGUGCUCCAAAUAUCCACAGAGACAGGCCACAUAUCAACCUUCGGAAGCACAGCAGAAGGACGAUUCAAGUGGUCUCGUGGCUUGCUUGCCCGGAAUGGGAAUAUUUAUGGAAUUCCAGCAGCAGCUGAAUCUGUGUUGAAGAUCGUGCCUAGCACAAAGCAGGUUAGUGCCAUCGGUUGCGUACCUUCUGGCAAGUGGAAAUGGCACGGUGCCGCUAUUGCUCGCGAUGGAUCUAUCUAUUGCAUACCAGCAAACGCUGAUCGAGUUUUGCGAAUUGAUCCAGAGACGGAUCGAGUUGAGACAAUUGGCGAUCCUCUACCUGGACGAUGGAAGUGGUAUGGGGGCAUCCUUGCAGAGGAUGAUUGUAUCUAUGGCGUCCCAUACAGUGCUGGAUCAGUUCUGAAAAUUGAGCCAGCGACAGGUAAAGUCUCGACUAUUGGAGACCUCAAAGAAGGGGAUUGGAAAUGGCAUGGUGGUUCCUUGGGUUUGGAUGGUGCAAUUUAUGGCAUCCCAGCACACGCAGAUUCGGUCUUGAAGAUUCAACCUGAGACUGGAGAAGUGAAGACCAUAGGAGGGCCUUUUCCUGGAAGAUACAAAUGGCUCGGUGCGGUCUUGGGCAGUGACGGAUGUCUCUACGGUAUUCCGUACAAUUCGCAGAAGAUUUUGAAGAUCACACCAAACAGCGAAGAUGUGGAGCUGAUAGAUGUUCCGCUGAAAGGCCGAAAUAUGUGGCAAGGUGGAGUGCAAGGACCAGAUGGAACUGUUUACUUCAUACCACGUUGGGCCGAGCACGUUUUGCGAGUCUCUGCAGAUGGAGCCACUGUCGAAGCAGUCAGUGGUGAAGCCUUGGUAGGCUGGAACAAAUUUCAAGGGGCUGUGCUUGCGCGAAAUGGAUGCAUCUAUGGUGUCCCGCAGGAUUUGGACGCUGUUCUGAAGAUCGAGCCUGACCGACUGGACCACUCAGCCAGCUGAUACCAGGUAUAGAUGGUGAGCUUUGCUUCAGAACACAUAACUAUGAUAGGUCCGCACACAUCCUCACACUGAAAUACCUGAAAUACAUUGUGGGCAUUGUGGACUCGGAGUCUCUCAGCUUUGGCCCGAGCUCAUCCCGAGCUAUUGGACUUCAUGGACUUCAAAGCCAACGGAGCAAUGACAACGGCCUGACAUUCAAAGCUGGCAACUAUCACAUUAAAGUGCCCAAUGUUCCCAAGGGCCGUUCUGUAGUUGUGAAGAGGGCAAGAGUAGAGCCUUUAGGCCUUUAGCUUCCACCUGCCGAAAGAGUACGUGACGGUCAGAGGUCGGCGAAGAUUACACGAGAUUACAAGAUAAAGAUAUUACAAGGCUUUGGAACGCAUGUUCUAUUCAGAUCAAAUCUGGAAGCGGAGGGGUAUUUGGCCUGCAUUUUGGUUAUGGACCUGAUCUGGAAGAUUCUGGAAGCUUGGUGAUCGUUGAUUUGCAGUUGGCAUCACCGAGGGUGCUUCCAACACUGCGCCAAGGGGAUUCGCGUAGGAGAAAA